GCUCAGGACUCGUAUUGGCUUUCUACUGUAUUCAUCUUUAACUACAGGGUUGUGUCGUUUUAGCUUUUAUUCUUUCUUUUCUGUAUAUUUUUCUUAUUGAGUUUAUGCCUGACCUAUAUCUCAUGUAUCUGCAAUCAACGGAGUCAGUACAAAGCCGAUUGUGUCUCAUGUCUGUAACUCCUCAGGACAUGUAACAUCUCAUUUCUGUGCUGCGUGAUGGCCACUAUCUCCAAAUGGGCUCGGGGUGAGAGGAACAGGACACCUGGAGACAUUCUGUAUGAGGCUCUGGCAGAUCUGACACGUGAUGACUUCAAACGGUUUAAGGACAAGUUGUCUGAUUUCUCCUAUGGAGGGCGAGGCCCCAUCCCACGUGGGCGCCUGGAAACUGCUGAUUAUGUUACCACAAAAAACCUUCUCGUUGAUGUGUAUGGAGAGGAAUCGGUGCUGGAUGUGACCAAGCAGGUCCUCCGACUGAUUAGUCUUAUGGGACCAGCAGAGGAUCUCCAGCGUACUGUGACACAACAUGCUGAAUUAGAGAAGACAUCUAUAAACAAAACAUUGGAAGGCUACAGAAUAACAUAUGCGGAUUACAUUAGAGAGAGAUAUGAAGUUAUUGAAGAACCUAAUGCAAGACCAGGGGAGUAUAUCAAACUGGAAAAAAGAUUUGGAACACUUUCACUGAUCAAGAAUUAUCGUAAUAAAGCGCAGAGACAACAUGAGAUAAUAUCUUCAGGCCAGAGGCAUCUACAGAUUAUGGAAGACAGAUCAUCAGAUGAGUAUUCCCCAACCACUAUACAGGCUUUAUUUGAUCCUGAUGAUGGUGGAACUAUUCCCAAGACUGUGGUGUUACAGGGACCUGCUGGGAUAGGAAAGACUAUGACCUCCCAGAAGAUCAUGCUGGACUGGGCCUCUGGGAAUCUGUAUAAGGACAAGUUUCAGUUUGUGUUCUACAUAAGCUGCAGAGAAGUCAACACCAUCACUGGUAACAUAAGUCUGGCUGGAUAUUUAUCCAGGUUUUGUGGACUGACCUGCCCAUCUGAUCUGUUGCGGGCAAUCUUCCUUCACUCUGAAGAAAUACUGUUCAUUGUUGAUGGUUUUGAUGAAUUAAAAUGGUCACCAAUGAAUGGUAGAGAAGUUUGUUAUGAUCCUUAUCAGGAGGUCUCCAAAGAAAUCCUUCUUAACAGUUUAUUUCGAAAAAAAAUUCUCAAAAGUUCCCUAAUCAUCACCACACGACCAUUGUCAUUAAUGGUGCUAAAGGACUUUGCAAAAUGCAUUCGAUAUGUGGAAAUUCUGGGAUUUUCAGGGAAUCAACGUGAGGAAUAUUUUUAUAAUUUCUUUCAAACUAAAGAACAAGCAGACCUGGCUCUUAGGACAAUAAAGGACAAUGAUAUUCUGUUCACCAUGUGCGUAGUUCCUAUAAUUUGCUGGAUUGUCUGUACUGUAAUGAAACCACUACUAAAAGAGGGAUUACAUGUGAAUGAUUGCACGACAUCCACAUCCAUUUACCAGUUCUACUUAAAGGGUUUAAUAAAGUAUCACGGAAGGGACACGGCCCAGACUAUAAGCACAUGUAUACAGAAGCUGUGUGCUUUGGCCAAUGAAGGAGUUUGGGAUCAGAGAAUUCUAUUUGAAGAAUCAGAUCUUGUAAGACAUGGUAUCUCUGUGUCAGAGCUGGAGUCUGUGUUUCUGAAUGAGAACAUCUUCCACAGGAACGUUGAUGUCCACACCUGCUACAGCUUUAUCCAUCUGAGUGUGCAGGAGUUCUUUGCUGCUCUCUACUAUGUCCUGGAUGAGAAACCUGUAAAAGAACAUUCUAAUGACUUAAAAAUUAAGACGGUAAAACAUUUACUGGAGGCAUCAGAAGUCCACUCACAUCUAACAUUAACUGUACGAUUCUUGUUCGGCCUUUCAAACAAAAAGUUAUUACAGGAGACUCAGAGGACCAUUGGUUGUCCCAUUUCUUUCAGAGAAAGAACAACAUUGGAGGAAUGGCUGAAGAGACAUGCUUCAGGAUACCAUAAAGAGAUACUAUGCUGCCUGUAUGAGACCCAGAACGAGGAGUUUGUGGAGAGAAUAAUGUCUUACUUUCUUGAUGUGGAUAUAAACACCUGUGAUGAUGCAAAAGACAGUUCUGAGAACAUUGAUUACCGAGCUGUAGCUUACUGUUUGGAGAGAAGUACAAUACAACAUAAUGUUUGUAUUGUUAAUGACUACACAAUAGGACCAAAGACUCGGAGUGUUCUGUCUAAAGCACUUUCUAAGUGUUCGACCCUUCGAUUCUCGAGAUGCAGAUUUUCUCUAACAGAAGAAGAAUACAUAGAUGAUGCUGAAUGCAGUUUAUCCGGGUUAUUUAAACAGUGUCAGAUGAAGGAACUAGUGUUCUCGGGCUGUAGACUCACCUCCUCCUGUUGUGACGAUCUCUGCUCUGUUAUUACUACAAACUACUCUCUGACCAGACUGAACCUGUCAUGGAAUAAACUGCAGGACUCUGGAGUAAAGAUUCUGUGUGAGGGACUGAGACACCCAUCCUGUGCCCUGCAGGAUCUGAAAUUAUGGGGCUGUGGUCUGACCCCCUCCUGCUGUGAAGAUCUCCUCUCUGUUAUUACUACACACCGCUCUCUGACCAGACUGAAUCUGUCAGAAAAUGAUCUGGAGGACUCUGGGAUAAAACUUCUGUGUGAGGGACUGAGACAUCCGGCCUGUAUUCUGCAGGAUCUUAUGUUAUAUCAAUGUGAUCUGACCCCAUCCUGCUGUGAUGAUGUCUGCUCUCUUAUUACUGCGAACUGCUCUCUGACCAAGCUGGACCUGUCAGGGAACUUUCUGGAGGACUAUGGAAUAAACCUUCUGUGUGAGGGACUGAGGCAUCCAAACUGUACCCUGCAGGGUUUUAGGUUAUCUGGCUGUUUACUGACGUCAUCCUGCUGUGAUGAUAUUUACUCUCUUAUUAUCACCAAUCGGUCCCUGAUCUCACUGGACCUGUCAACUAACUCACUGGAGGAUUCUGCAGUGAAACUUAUUUGUGAUGGACUAAAACACCCGGACUGUACCUUACAAGAAAUUAGGUUAUAUGACUGUGCUCUGACCUCCUCCUGCUGUGAUGAUCUCUGCUCUGUUAUUACUACACACCGCUCUUUGAUCAGACUGGACUUGUCAGAGAAUGGUUUGCAGGACUCUGGAAUAAAAUGUCUGUGUGAGGGACUGCGACAUCCAGCCUGUACCCUGCAGGAUCUUAGGUUACAGAAAUGUGGUCUGACCUCCUCCUGCUGUGAUGAUCUCCGCUCUGUUAUUACUACAAACCGCUCUCUGACCAGACUGGACGUGUCAGACAACGAUCUCCAGGACUGUGCAGCAAAACUUCAGCAGUGUGUGAGGCCGACUCUGGAACUUCUGCUAAAUCCUGCUAUUAUCCAUUGGACGGAGUGGGGCUCACAUCCAUUAAGAGUGCGCCAGACUUCUGUGCAUCCAGACAUCAAUACAUCAGGACUGCAGCCAUGCCAGUCAGGAGAAGGGCCUGAAGAUAUGGAAGAAUGUACCUGGCUGUAAACCACAUUUUAAACCGCUUCCUGUUUCAGCUUCAAGAAAAUAUUAUCUUUGUCCUUGAAACAUGUAUGCUCUAUGAAUAGUUUUAGUAUGAAUUUCUUGUAGAACAGAGGAUUUAAUUAUCUUAAUCACUUUAUCGUAAUAUUUAAAUAAAGUGACUUUCUGAACCAA